CACUUUUCAGCCAUAUUUACAAACAAACUGAACAUAACCUUAAAAAAUUUUUAAGAAUUGUUCAUGUCGACUGAAAAACAAAACCAAUGUAUUUUAAUUUUAGAAUUUAAGUAAAAAAGUUUAUGAAAUGGAUCGAUCGAAAUCAUCGUCGAAUUUACGUGGUGCUAAAGGCAAAAUUACACAGCAUCCACCAGAUUUAUUUGCUUUAGGAUCAAAACCAACUUCUAGUCGAGAUACAGAAGUGAAACGAAGUACUUCCACACAUUCAAAACUUCCGUCAUCGAGUCACAGUUCCUUACCGAGUAUUCAUUCAAAAGAUCGUAAACGGGAAGGUGUGGCUCCUUCACUACCAGUAAUUCCAACAAAAAAACCAAAAGUAUUUCCAAUACCAGCUCCAUCACGUUCAGCGGCAACAUUACCGACAUCAUCGGAGCGAUUUGCAACUACAAAUGCUCCUCCAACUAAUGAACAAUGGGAGAAUAAGGCAAUUGAUUCAGAUGAAGGUGAUUUAGUCGCAAACGUUUUAAAUGCAGUCGCUGAUGGUGAUACAGAUCGUGGGAUUGGAUAUUUAUUGGGUGGUUUAAAAUUACUACGGAGUCAAAAAUACAAGCCAGAGUUAAUGUUAAUUACUGCAAUUGGUUAUAUUGCAAAACAAAAGCCCAGUUUAUUUCGCAAUGAUGAUGUAACUCAGGCAGUAUUUUCUUUAUUACGGCGUGAUUCGGUAUCUAGUUUUAAAAGUAAAGGAAAUCCUCAAGUUCCAACUUUUGCUGUUAAUUUGUUAAUGCGAGGCUAUGAAGAGAUAACCAAUUGGCCUAAAUCUUUUUUUAAGUAUUAUUUAGAAGACGCUCUAGGUGAUCGUGUUUGGGUAGAUCAUGAACUAUGUACACCAUUUGUAGACAACAUUCAAAGCGCAUUCAACACAAAAACACCACCCAAGUCACUGUUACAACCUGAACUUUCUUCAAUUGGUAAUCGAGGUGACACAGGUUCGCCACUUACUAUUAAUGAAGAUGAUUCAGGAGACUUUUCUAAUGGGCGAAAGAAAAAUGUAUUAGAAAAAUAUAAUAUCGCAACACAUGCUCGGUAUGCAAAUUGUCUUGAAUAUGUGGAACAGACUGUUUUGGAAGCUGCUAAAGAGCAUAUAUUACGAAAACAACCACCAGAAACAGUUACAAAGAAUUUCUUGCGGUUUUUAGCCACUGCAUGUGGCUUAGUUGAGAUUCGAAUGUUAGCGAUAUCUAAAAUUGAAAUGUGGUUACAUAAUGCAAAAUUAAUGCGAUUCGCUCAAGAUUUAUUAGUUUAUUUAUGUUAUAAUAGUGUGGCUGAAACUCAACGAGAUAUUGAAGUGAUAUCAUUAUUAACGAAGAUUCGUUUUAAAACAAAAGCAUUAGUCAAUGUUUUCUUAAAUUGUUUAAGAGAUAUGAUUGCGUCCCACGAGGAAAAUCUCCCUGUAAUAUUAAAACAUACCAUUUACAAUGAGCUAUCAAAUGCACGUAAUCCAAAUAACAUGAUUAUGAUUGGUGUAAUAUUUCAAACAUCUUCUGAACAUGCAGCCAAUGUACUAGCUGAAAUAUUUCUUGAACUUUUAUUAAAUAAAGAUGAUUAUUUACGUCCAUUACGUACACUUUUACGUGAAAUAGCUCGAGCAUUGCGCUAUGACAUUGAUAUGUAUAUAUUUUGUCGUGCCUUAAUACGCGAACGUAAAGAAACUACAAACACGCUACGUGAAUUUGAGUUUAAAGAUCGUAUGUUUAAUUCGGUAGUUGAUAUAAUAUGUCUAUGUAUGUUUUUGGCUGCAGUUUCACCAUCGGUGAAAGAGGCCGCUAAUUAUUUAUCUCGUGGUGAUAAAAAGGAAUUACAUACAUUACAAAAAUUUCAAAAACAGAUUUCACAGAUUCAAAGUGAUUCUUUAUGGUGGUUACAUGAGACAGCGAUAAGAAUGUAUCGUCCAAGUGGACCUGACUUUAUAGCAAGUUUAAGAAAACUCUUAUUAUUGGAACCGAUAGAGAAUUACUGUAAACAAGAUAUGUGGCCUUCAGAGAAUGAACGUAAUAUUUUGAUGCGACUUUGUACUGAAGUUCCGUUAUUACAAGGUACAUUAAUACGCAUUCUUCUAAUUGGAAUCUCAAAAGAUCACCCCCUUUUACAAAUGGAAACGUUAGAUUUCUGCGAUCCACUAAUAAAGCGGGCUGCAAUGCAAUCUACAGAGUAUACUGUAAUGUUACAGUUUGACAAAUUGGAAAUAAUUGAUUUGAUUUUUAAUUUAUGUACAUAUCAUCAUCCCGAAAAUAUUACUCUUCCUGUAGGAUACACUCCACCUCAAUUAGCUAUUUCCAACUUAUAUUGGAAAGGUUGGAUCAUAUUAUUAAUUCUAGCCGCGCACAAUCCAACGACUUUUGGUAGUGUUGCAUGGGAAAAAUAUCCAACGUUGCGAAUUUUCAUGGAAAUGUGUAUUACAAAUCAUUUUUCGUACCCUCCACCAACAAUGGCAAUGUGUGAGAAUUAUGAGGAAUUAAAAAGUAAAGAAUUACAAAUUGCUGCUUUAGAAAAACAACAAAUUUUAGAGUUUGAAUCACAUUUAGCGGCGGCAUCGAAAAUUACUAUUAAUGAAACGAAUAGUUUGUUAUUACCUCAAUUAAUAACAAUGGCACCCAUGGGAGUAUCUCGGCGUCCUCCUCCAACGAUUCUUGAACAAUUACGCUCAUUGAAUGCAUCUCAUCGUCUAGGACAUUUGUUAUGUCGAUCAAGACGCCCUGAUUUCUUAUUAGAUAUUAUUCAAAGGCAAGGGCCAAGUCAGCAUAUGCCAUGGUUAGCUGAGCUAGUACAAAAUUCUGAAGGGGCCCUAAGUCAUCUGCCUGUUCAAUGUUUAUGCGAAUUCUUGUUAAGUUCCGGAUUAAAUUUAGGCGAAAAAUCUGAUCGAAUAUUUCGACAAAAACAUAUUCAAUUAGUAAAUCAUUUACAUACAUUGUUAACGAGUGAAAAUCAUUCUCCUGCAUCGGCGUGUGAAGUCCUAGAAUAUUUUUUACGUCGAUUAAGUUCACCACACUACACAAGCCGUGUCCAAGCGAUUAAAGGUAUAAAAUUAGUAUUACAAUCGCAUGAAGAUGCUGUUGAUUCUAUGGAAGUGGAUAAUGUCGAAAAUGAAGGAGAAGUAUGGUUAUUAAGGCAGCUUGCGCAAAUGCCUCAUUUUGAUGCUGUGCGUCCACAAAUCAUUGUUGCAUUACGACAAGCAUGUCAAGUUGAAAAUGAUCCAAAUAUGAUUAGCAGUUAUAUUCAAUUUUUGGAACACCAUUCGUGUAUGGACUCGUAUCCAGAGAUGGCAGAGUUAGUUUAUGAUAUGGCACAAUUAAUUGUGGAACGUAGUACAAUUAUUGCCGCAAUACUUCCCACUCCAGAUGAAGUAAAUCCAACAGCUGAACGUAGUUUAUCAUCGUGUGUUGUUAUUUAUAGUGCGUUCCUUCAAAAAGCGCUUCAAAUAAAUCGAGAAGCAAUUCAGUGGGCUGAGUGCACGGAACAAGUGCUAAUACAGUGGUCAAACGGCGAAGAAUGUAUUAUUCAACUCUUAGUCAUUCAUGCUAUAAUUAUUCUUCUAACAUAUGGCCCUGUAUCCGAUUCCGAAGAAUUAUACAAAAAAAUGUUGGAUCAAUGGUUCCCACUAAAUGAGGAGCCCCCAAAAGCUUAUUCAAUUGAAACAUCCGAACAAUUGCUUUACAUUCCUGAUUGGUUAAAAUUACGAAUGAUACGAUCAAAUGUUCCACGUCUAGUGGACGCAGCUUUGGUCGGUCUUGAACAGUCAAAGUUAAUGUUAUUUGUUCAAUCGUUUGGAAUUCCCAUCCCUUCUAUGAGUAAAUUGUUACAUGCGUUAGAUGUGGCAGUGACUGAAGAUGAAAUGGCCGUUGCCGAAGCGGUUCUAGAUAAAACAUAUAUGGCUCAAUUAGUUGAAGUACAGCGACGUCGUGGAGCUGUUGGAGGUGAUAUAUUCGUUGAAGCCUUAAAUUUACAUGAACCACCUACAGCGGAUGAUAAUCGUGUUCAAUUUUUAUACUGGCGUAAACCAUUACCAACAAAUAUUGAAACCAUGACAAGCAGUUCGCAAAUUUUACAUGCGCAGUGUAUACCAAGUUUACUAAAUGCGAUUUUCUUUAAAACGGAGUACACCGGUGACGUAAAUAUUGAUUUUCGCACAUUGUUGAAAAUUUUAACAUCAGAAAUUACCAACAAACAUUCAAAUUCGGUCGUUGCCCUAAAUAUAGUGGUUACAUUUUUUAUAACGAAUUGUAAAUCGAAACCUUUUGCUAAUGUUCUACUUGAAAAUUGUUCAUCAACAACACGUUUAUUGCGAUUAUUUUUGUCAAAUUCGCAAGCAGAACAUAUACCACCAGGAUUUAUUGAAGCUUUAAGAAUUAUUUGUCGAAAUUUAAAAGAUCAAAAGAAUUCCUCGUUAACAUUCUUUUUAACACAUUUUAUUAAAAAACAUACCAAUGAAUCUGAUAAUAUGACUAUGGUAAAAUUUGAAGAUCCUAAAAUAUUUGAUUUGGAUCCUAAUAAAGUUUUAAGAAAUGCAGAUGCAUUAACGCUAGAAAAAAUGGGAAGAAAAAUGUUAGAACAAGGAGUUCAUGUUCACAACAACGCUGUACUAAUUGAAGCAAUUGCUCAACGAUUGAUUGAUAUAAAAAAUGAAAGACAUUUAAAUUUUAACCCUGGUGGUUUAUUAGUUGAUUGGCUAGCCUCGAUUGAACCUGAACUAAUUGGAAGUAGUCCGGAUUUACAAAUGGAUUUAAUGUUUUCAACAAAUCGUUCAAAUUCAUAUCGGGCAUAUUUGCAAACUUUAUUGGUACAUCGUGCCAACUGGGGGACAUUACAUCGAUGCAUUGGUCAUUUAUUAGCUGAUUGCAACUCCAGGUAUGAUCCUACUGCAGUAUUAGAUUUUCUGUGGGCACUUUCACGUAAUCCAAAAUUAUUACAAGGUCGUGAUAAAAAUAUUCCAAAAAAUGUAAAAGCUGAAGAUAUGCUGGAAUUAUCGCAAUUAGAGUUAAAAUCAUUGGUAAAUUACAUGCUAGAAGAAUCAUUUCUAAUCGAAAAAUCACAACAAACAUCAUCACAAAAUAUAAGUGCGUCAGCAAAUUGUACUGAAUUACGGAUACCUUUACUGCUACAAUGUAUCUAUGAAAAUCCGAUAGCAAUAAACUACGUUGCCCGAUAUCUUCUGUUUAUUAUUAAAGCCGAAGAACAAAAAUACAUAAAUAAUAAAGUUGAGACUAUUAUUAUUUUGGAUGAUACAAAUCAGUGGUAUACAGAAAAUGAACAAAAUGGAAAAUUUUUACGAAAAAAGAUUGCUGAACAGUUAUUAUUGUUGUUGUAUAUGCAUGUACCAAGGAUUAUACAUCAUAUUUCUGGAUGUGAUCGCGAUAAAAUCUUUAAGAAAAUAUAUUUAACAGAAUGGUCGAGCAGCAGUUUGGAUAAAAUUUCUCAUUGUUUGUUAACGGCAUUGGCUGCAACACCACAUAUGAAAGACUGGGGAAAACGAUCACAAGAUUAUGAAAUUAUGACACGUAAAAUGUGUGCGACACACCCUGUACUUAUAUUACGACAACUGCAAAUGAUUGCGGCAAGUUUGCGGGGCCGUGCACAUUUAGAUUUUGGUGUAUUUCGUUCUAGAAAUCAUUUAAAUUUAUUUACACAAGUGUUGGGCAUUGUUGAGCUUUUACAGCCUUAUAUUUAUAUGCCAGAGCAUCAAGUUGGUUUGGAAAAUACGUUAAAUGAAUUCUUUACGUUGUUUAAGUCUCAUGGCCGAGUAAAAGAUUUAAUACCGUUAUUAAAUCGGUUUAUUUCGAUACUUCAAACUUACAUCAAUUACGAUGCGAAAAAAGCUUUAAAAUUCUUACAAAAACAUGCCCAUUUAUUGAAUGAUUUACAAAUGUACCAUACAAAUUUAAAUUCAUUACGAGAUUUAAUGACUGGAAUAUUAUUACCACGUGGAGAUAGUGAUUUAACUGAUCAGGAUGGUGGAGAUGUAUUGGUCGCUGUUAUUCCACCAGUGGCCCAAGAACAAUUACCUCCAAAUUGGGAUCAACUUGUUAUUAAUUUAACAAAACUUCAAGGUGAUGAUGUGUAUACAGCGCUGCAAGAUAUUGAACAUUUAUCAAAUCGUAAACCGUCAAUAUUAGAAUCCAUACUAUCUGAAUUAUGUCGUUUAAUGAUGUCACCGACAGUUGGUAUCCGUGUUUUAGCUCAUACGUUGGUGACACGACAUUUAAAACAUAAUCCGACAGAUGAUUCCAUUACAUCGACUGUAUUUACAGCGACACUAAGAUGUUUAGAUUCAUCUAAUACCGAUAUUGUUGUGACAACAUUAGAACGCCUACCAGAAUUAAUUGUUUGCAUGCAAGAAAAUGCAAUUCCAAUAUUGGAAAAAGUUUUCACACUUGGUAUUGGAUCCGAUAUAAAUACAGCAAGUUACAUAAACAAAGUAAUCAAUUUAUUAAAUCUUCAAAUUGGUUGUUAAUAUUUUAUUAUUUAA